AUGCCUGACCGACGACCAGCAAAGGAAUUAACAGAAGCUAUUCUAUAUCCUUUCUACGCAGAGAAAAGACGGUAUAAUGCCACUCUUUACGAUAUUGCUGUCACACAUGCUAUCGAUCAACUGCGUCUCUAUCGUCAGGAUGCGAUAAAAGGAGUAGCAGCUAUUACCAAAGGACAUGGAGAGACCGAAGAAGAGAUACCGAGCUUACAAUUCCAGACUGGCAACAACGAGCAAUCGUACGUUUGGAGGCUAGACAAGGACACCUCCCCACAAGCUAUAUCUCAUGCGACAAUACGCCUGACCGGCGUCGAUCCCGCUCCCCAAUACGAGACAUGCCCUCCUGCAUCCUUCAACCACUUGUUUGCCUGGGAUGACGGCGAGUGUGUUGAAUUUCUGCCGUUUCCGGACGAUCCUACAUUCAACAUGGAAGCGUAUCUUGAGUUUUCGGCCGAAGUUGACCGUUACGAUAUACAGCCAUUCUCUUCUGAUGCUGGCAACGGAAUGGCCAUCUACAGGAAACAGCUCACCUUUAACUAUCUAAAUCGAAAUGUCGCAGACGAUCAAGCACUUCGAGACACAGCAGAUGCCGUCUUUGAGCAAUUUGAUGUGACUAUCGAGCUAAUGGAGAAGAUCUUCACCAUUUUUUUUGCGCUGGAGAUCAAUGAAUAUCAUAGCAUCAUGUGCACGGCUGUCUUCUACAAGGAUUGGCUCGAUCUAGGAAAACGAAUAAAUCCCAACGAGAUUUCUAGCCUGAACGAGCUGACUGGUAAUUUCAUGCAAAGACAUUAUUGUUCUAUACCCUCAUGUCGAAUGCCCGACUGCUUGCACGCACUGGCAGUGAGAGUCACAGACCAGCUGCCCAGUGUGCCGAAGUCUGCACGUCUAGGCUUACGAUUAGCCCCAGCCGUACCUUGCGGUAAUGCUUGUUGCUAUCUUGAGGACAAGGGGGAAGAAACAGAGAAGCUCGAAGAGUGGGACGGUCUGAAAAUUGCCUUGCUGAAGGCUGCUGUCGAGUCAUAUCCAGAUCUAACGAGUGCGAAGUUUGAGAUGCAGAGAUCGCAGCUAGAGGUUGAGGACAGCGGGCCUUCUCCCGUAACCCAACGCCGUGCGGUUCGGAAGACAAAGCAACGUGAGAUCAGUCGACAGAUGGCGGACAUGGGUUCACAGUUUGAGUCGCAAACGGGCUAUGCGCUGGGGGAGCAGACCUGCUGCUCAAAUAUCCAUUUGCAGGAGGGGUUUCGUCCCAGCGUGACGGUGAAGCCCGGAAAGUUUGGGUGGGGCCUGUUUACGGACGAGCCCAUUAAAGCGCAUCAACAUGUAGGAGAGUAUUUCGGCGAACUCAUGACUGUCGAGCGAGAAGAGAGAGAGGCUGGUAUCGGGAUGUUCCUCGGGCGAGAAUAUGGAUACGCAGCUAACAUGGAGUGGAGUAUCAACUCAGGAAAUGUCGGGAACGAAUCGCGUUUCAUGAACCAUAGCAAUAAGCCAAACGUGUGGGCCAAGCCCAUCAACGUGAAUGGAGACAUCAGAAUGGGGUUCAUCGCGGCUUCGCACAUUGCGAAAGGUGCAGAGCUGUUCAUCGAUUAUGGCCCAUUGUUCUUCAGGAAUGCAGCAAAAGAUGACUGA